ACUGUGUUGUUCAGGAACCAUCUUUCUCUCUCUUGCUGAGUCCAUUAUGGAUCCUGUAAUCCAGAAAAUUGAUGAAGCUAUGCUACUGAUUUUGUUAAGGAUGGUGAGGAGCAGGGGGUGGACUGACCAUUUGGAAACUCGGCACUGCCCGAGGGCCCGGGAUGCCCCAUGGUACCUUUUUCAUAGGCUUUUUUGAGUUUGGGCAAGGACACAGGGGCCCCAUGAUCCCCUAUUGCCCGGGG